CGAGUUUAUCUGCCUGUUUCAGAAACGAGGAAUGCAGAUCAUCGAAUCCCCCCUCCAAUUUCGAUACUUAUCAAAUCUUGUCUCCCACUCCGUCUCCGCCCCCAGAAAAUGGAACCUCGCCAAUCCCACACUUCAUAGGGAAAGCACUGCGCGGUUCCCCUCAGAAGCGAUACGAUAAGCUCCCCGCCGGAUCAACAUGACCAUGGCCCAUGAGCAUGGUGAUGCUGCUCUCCCGAAGAGAUCACACAAACUUCGAUCGCGCCUUGAAAGGUUGGGAAACGAUCGCCUUCUCUCAAGGCAAGUCUGGACCUCCUCCUCACCCAAAUAUCCAAAGGAGCCACCCAACCGGCCCCUGCGUAAUGAUCAAGGACUCUCCAGCUCAUCAUCCAUAGCCGAAUAG